AUGGUCACCAAAUUUCCUCAAAACAUCAUCAACAAGUUUUCCAAGUUUACUUUCUAUGCUAAUUCCACUAAUAAAAUCUGGCUCUUUGUCAAACCUAAAAUUCAGUGCAGUUUACUUGUUAACCAUCAUCAGUUUCUUCACAUUCAGUUUGCUAUUGGAGCACAGGUGGAAUUUGCAUCAUUCAUCUAUGCUAGCUGCCUUCCUAGAUACCAACAAGAACUGUGGCAUGAGCUGAUGAAUUUGGGAAAAAAUAUUGACUCUUUCUGGAUUUUGGGGGGUGACUUCAAUUGUAUCACUUCUCCAACUGAAAAAAGAGGGGGUAAAACCUCUUUACUUUCUCCAAUAGCCAAAUUCAAUAACUUCAUCAGUGAUGCUAGUCUAUUUGAUCUAGGCUUUAAAGGUCCAAAGUUCACUUGGAGAAGAGGCACUUUGUGGGAAAGAUUAGAUAGAUUGCUUGACAACUCCUUAUGGUUUCAAACCUUCCCAUUCUGUACUGUCACUCACCUUGCAAUGGCUGGAUAUGAUCACAGACUUAUCCUUUUCUCCAUACAGAACACUGCUAGACCAACUAAUACACCUUUUAGAUUUCAGAAUAUGUGGACUCUACAUCUUGAUUUCAUUAAGGAGGUGGGAAACAAUUGGAAUUCCAACUUGAAUGCAGACCGCUAG